AGAUACGAAGCCGCCUUUCAGGGCUUGUGUGAGGCGGGGAAGUACGCCUGUGCACCCCUGCCUCCAUACCUGGAGGCGGAGCAGCCAGAUCUGGAGGAGGCGUCCAAACGGCCGCUGUACGACCUCUGCUUCCACCUGCUCAAACUCUACAGCGACAGACACUACGGCCUGCAGCAGCUGCUGGAGCCUCUCGCCGUCACCUGGGAGCGCCUGGACUACCGCCUGAGCUGGCACCUGUGGGGCGUCCUGCAGGCGCUGCACUACACCCACCUGAGCGCCCCACGGCAGGGCCUCCUCCACGCCAGCUACGCCGCGCAGCUGGAGAGCGCCGGCCUGUGGCACAUGGCCGUCUUCAUCCUGCUGCACAUCCCCGAGCACGCUCAGAGGGAGCGAGCUGUGAGGGAGAUGCUGGCGCUGCACUGCCCCCUGCAGGAGACGGAGGACUCUGUCCGCAGGGAGCGCUUCCUGACCGAGCAGCUGCUGAUCCCGGAGCGGUGGAUCCACGAGGCCAAGGCCACCCGAGCCCACCGCGACGGCGACAGACACCAGCAGGCCCUGCACCUGUACCGAGCCCGAUACUGGAACCAGUGCCACCGCCUGCUGAUCCAGCACCUGGCCUCAGACUGCAUCAUCAACGAUAACCACGACUACCUCCUGGAGUUCCUGGAGGGUCUGGCGCUCCCCGAGCACUGCGCCACCAUCCAGGACUGGGACACAGCAGGGGGGGUUUACCUCGACUACAUCAGAGUCAUAAAGACUCUGCAGGACAUCCAGCAGAUGGAAAACGCCGGCUACGAGCUGGAGCGUCUCUACACCGAUGUGACGUCUCUCUGCAGCAGGAUCGAGCUCCUGCCCUGCCGCACUGCUAAAGACCGCCUCGCCCAAUCAGAAAUGGCGAAGCGCGUGGCGAACAUCCUGCGUGCGGUGCUGAGCCUGCAGCAGGGCGAUACGGCCGACUCCCUCAGCAUCCCGCUCGCCCAGCUGGCGCCGCACAUCAGCCGCCUGCCGAUGCCCGAGGACUACACGCUGGAGGAGCUGCGAGGCCUCACGCAGUCGUACCUGCGACAGCUCAUCGUCAGCCAAUGAGAGCGCAGAGCGGGACGAGAAGCUUCGGCUGCUCAAACGCCUCGAAACUGACACCAUAAAAGAUGAGGCGAGCAGUGUGUGACCUUUAACCCCACGUCUGUCAGUCUUUUAGCUUGUGCUCAGAUUUAAAACCAAACAGGAAGUGACACGAGAUUUGCAGCGACAUCAGGGAAGCAGUCAGAGAAAAAAGGUUCAAAUACUUCCUGAGUGAUCAUCAGAAUUUAUUCUUCCUCACUUUAUUUUCAAUUAAAUAAAACGACCUUGAGCUCAGACGUGAUGAAGGGCUGCUGCAGGUUUGAACCCCCACCAGAGGCCGCUCCACCGCUGACGUUCCUCUGCAGGAACCUUCAGUUUAAUUGUUCAGGGUAUUUGUUCUUUUGCAUUCUUUCAUUAGCUUCUCCUGAAACAUCAGGAUCAUUUGAUCCGACUCAAACCUGCUGACUUAAAGCAGACGAGUAAAUAUUAAUAAACAGGAAACUGGGGGAAGAAACGGGAGCAGUUCAGAGUAAA